ACGAGACCAACAUAUUCUCCAGUAUUCGCGUUUGUAGACUCUGAGUAGAAGUGAGCAAAUCCCCGUUCUUCAUCUCUCUCUCUCUGUAUUUUUUUUUUUUUUGGAAAUGGCGAAUCUCGACGGAGGCGUUUCCGCCAAGGGACACAUCACCCACGUCAUCUUCGACAUGGACGGUCUUUUACUUGACACAGAGAAGUUCUAUACUGAAGUCCAGGAAAUUAUACUUGCUAGGUUUAACAAGACUUUUGAUUGGUCUCUAAAGGCCAAAAUGAUGGGAAAGAAAGCAAUAGAAGCUGCUAGGAUCUUUGUUGAAGAGACGGGGAUUAGCAACUCCCUUACGGCGGAACAAUUUCUAGUGGAAAGAGAGGCAAUGCUGCAGAGCUUGUUCCCGACAAGCGAGCUCAUGCCAGGGGCUAGCCGCUUGAUCAAACAUCUUCAUGCGAAAGGAGUACCAAUUUGCUUGGCCACAGGUUCACACAAACGGCAUUUUGAACUGAAAACGCAACGACAUGGUGAACUUUUUUCGUUGAUGCAUCACGUUGUUCUUGGUGAUGAUCCAGAAGUCAAACAAGGCAAGCCGUCGCCAGAUGUAUUCCUAGCGGCAGCCAAGAGAUUUGAGGGAGGCCCAGUAGACGCUCGCAACAUUCUUGUGUUUGAAGAUGCACCUUCAGGAGUUCUAGGAGCGAAGAAUGCUGGGAUGUCGGUCGUCAUGGUUCCGGAUCCGAGACUGGAUAGCUCUCUCCACAAGGCUGCAGAUCAAGUUUUGAACUCACUGUUGGAUUUCAACCCAAGUGAGUGGAGUUUACCUCCAUUUGACACUCCGACAAGUUAAGCCAUUCACAUCCAUCAAAAGGACAAUGUAUCUGCUGCAAUAAAGGGGUCAUUUUUCUCAUUGAUUGCUGACACGGAUUGAGAAAACAUUCAUUUAUUAUUGAAGGAAGUCUAUAACUAGUUUCGACCAGAAAAUCAUUUUUAAAGGGUGCGU